AUGGGUAUAGCAUCCAUGGCCAACACUUUCACUCUUCCUCAAUUUACCUACAACCCUUCUCACACCCUUUCUUCCUCUUCAUCAUCCUUCCCCAAAAUCUUCACUUUCUCCACCCCCAUUUCCACCCCUUCACCCGUCACCAAUGCGUUAUCCUCAACCACAAGACGCGCACCCACUCUCAUUCGAGCCACCUCGUCUUCUUCUUCUUCCUCCUCCUUCGGCUCUCGCCUCGAAGAAACCAUCAAAAACACUCUCUCCCAAAACGCUGUCGUCGUUUACUCCAAAUCCUGGUGCUCCUAUUGCUCUGAGGUGAAAUCGUUGUUCAAGAAGCUCGGUGUUCAGCCGCUGGUCUUCGAAUUGGACGAAAUGGGUCCACAAGGUCCACAAUUGCAGAAGUUGUUGGAAAGACUUACCGGCCAAUACACUGUCCCAAAUGUAUUUAUUGGUGGCAAACAUAUUGGUGGAUGUACAGAUACACUUAAGCUGUACAGAAAAGGAGAACUUGAAACUCUCGUAUCUGAAGCUAUUGCUAAAAAUAAGGGGAGCUAA